CUGUAGAUGGAAAGUCCCCUUCUUCUUCUUCUCUCUCUCUCAAAUGCACAGUUUCUCUCUCUAAGAAAUUCCCGUAUACGUUGCUUUCCUUAUACUUCAAAUGGCUGAUACGUAAUCUCUUUAUAGAGACAAUAACCAUAUACACACUGCAACCAAACUCCAUUACCCUUAACCAAGCUCCACCUUAACAGAAAUCAUUCACUGCCAUUGAAGCUCUCUCAAAAGCUCAACUGCUCACCUGCUUCAACCACCCUUUUCAUUCCUCUUUCUGUAACAAAUAAUCAAAACCCACUUCUCUUUCUCUGUUUUAGACCUGGGUUUUAUUCAAUUUCCUCAUUUUUUCGCUGCUUUUUCUCGUUAUGGAGAUACCCACCGGACCUGGAGUUAGAUCCAGUCCCAUGGUACCUCAACCUGACGAGACUGGUCUCGAUUCUGUCCAAUUCGGUGAAGAUAUCCAGCACUUAAUCUCUGUGCCGCCGGAAAAUGCCAGUUCCUUCACUGCCCUUCUCGAGUUGCCGCCUAAUCAGGCUGUGGAGCUUCUACACUCGCCUGAUUCGACUCUCAGGGCCCGAACCGUUAUCGAUACCCAUCAUCAUAAACCGUAUUUACAGCCGCACUUCAAUGGUGCGAGUUUGUCGUUUCCUACUAACAGUGGUUUGAUAGAGCGAGCUGCGAGAUUCUCGGUGUUCGCCGGUGAGAAUUUGAACAACACUAGUAAUAAUUCGGCGGAGACGAGCUCAGUGCCAUCGAAUUCCAGUGCGAAUCUCGAGAAAGUCGUGAAGAGUGAACCUGCCGAGGCCGAAUCCUACCUGAAUCCAUCACAGCCAUUGGUUUCUGAUCCGACAACAGUUGAGAACGAGGCGCAGAAUCAGAGGCCGGUGAAGAGGAAGGAGCGAGAGAAGAAGGGUAAAGGCUCGACAAAGAAGAGUAAAAGCUCCGGGAAUGAUAACUCUGAAGAUGCUGAGAAGCUUCCUUACGUUCACGUUAGAGCUCGUCGUGGUCAAGCCACAGACAGCCAUAGCCUGGCAGAGAGAGCAAGGAGAGAGAAGAUAAAUGCAAGGAUGAAGCUUCUUCAAGAGCUGGUCCCAGGCUGCAACAAGAUUUCUGGUACAGCAUUGGUACUGGAUGAGAUCAUCAACCAUGUACAGUCUCUACAACGCCAAGUGGAGUUCUUAUCAAUGCGAUUGGCAGCAGUUAACCCAAGAAUUGAUUUCAAUCUUGACAGUAUAUUAGCUGCAGAAGGUGGAUCUUUAAUUGACAGUAAUUUCCCCAGCAUGGUUAUGCCUUUGAUGUGGCCAGAAGUCCAGGUUAAUGGCAACAGACAAAAUUAUCAACAACAAUGGCAAUUUGAUACAGUUAACCAACCUGUUUGGGGAAGAGAAGAAGACGGCUAUAACUUCAUUACUCCAGAGAACUCCCUUUUGAGUUAUGACUCCUCGGCCAAUUCAGCCACUCUGCAUUCAAAUCCAUUGAAAAUGGAGCUGUGAGAGCGGAAUAAAUCUGCAUUGACUGCGUGUAUAUAUUCAAAUAUUAGCAAUUAGCAGCAAAGUAGAGAGGGAGGCCUCAACAUUCAUCUCGGGUUUCCACGUGUGGUCGAUUUACCAGUGGGUUGGAGACUCGGAAUUCUCUCAACUGGAGAUGACAAAUUUCAACAUGUUAUUCUCAUAAAUAUAUAUAUUUCUUAUAGUUCAGUGCAUAUAUAUAUAUAAUAUAUACUAACUCUCUGAGAGUCAUUCAAUCAAAUACUUGAGCUUGCAAGAUGAAUGAUUGAUUGAUUGAUUGAUUGAUUCAUAUUGUAGAAACGCAGAAUGAUCCAUCAUCCCAUUCCUUGACUAUUAUGGAAGUACGGCUUCUUUUGUGUUGCA